CCAGACGGAGUUCACGCGUGACAAUGCGGGACCUUCUCAAAUUAAACAACGCAACAAUGGCGGCUGCUGUAACUUCUAGUAGACCGUACCAUAUUAUCAUUUUCGGCGCCACAGGGUUCACCGGACAGUUUGUUGUGGAGGAGGUUGCCCGUUGUGCUGCAGAGAGUCCCGAUGGAAGCUGUCUGAAGUGGGCUGUGGCCGGGAGAAGCAGACAGCGACUGGGUGAAGUGUUGACACAAGCCGCGGGGAGGCUGGCUAUGCCCGAGCUGAGGACAGACAUUGAAAUCAUUGUCGCUGAUGUGUCUAUAGAGGAGUCUCUGGCCAUCAUGUGCCAACAAGGCCAGGUGAUUCUCAACUGUGUGGGACCUUACAGAUUCUUUGGCGAACCAGUGGUCAAAGCUUGCGUAGAGAAUGGAGCUCACUACAUAGACAUCUGUGGGGAGCCUCAGUUCCUAGAGCGUAUGCAGCUAGAGUACCACACUAAAGCGUUGGACAAGGGAGUGUAUGUGAUCGGCAGCUGUGGCUUUGACUCCAUACCUGCGGACCUGGGUAUUCUCUACACACAGAAACAGUUCAAAGGAACAUUGACAGCUGUGGAGGGCUUCCUGAAUAUAACCAGUGGGCCCGAGGGCUCCUCUGGUCACGAUGCCACUUGGCAGUCGGCUGUGCACGGUUUCGCAGACAGCGGAUCCCUCCGCCAGCUGAGGAAGAAGUUUGGCCAAAAGCCACUGCCUGUGGUGGGAGCCAAAGUCAAAAAGAGGGGUUUAGUGUUUUUCAGCAAGGAGAUGGAGCAAUAUGCCAUCCCAUUUAUGGGUUCUGACCCCUCAGUCGUCAGGAGAACCCAGCGCCACCUUUAUGAGGAGGAUCACCAGUCACCAGUCCAGUACACUGCCUACGUCGGGGUCGGUGGCCUCUUCUCAGUGAUCAAGCUCUUCUGCGGCGGCCUUCUGUUCUGGUUCAUGGUGAAAUUCAGCCUGGGCAGGAAACUCCUCACCACGUUUCCAUCGUUCUUCUCCUUUGGCUUGUUCACCAAGUCUGGUCCAACCAUGAAGCAGAUAGAAGACACCUGUUUCAGUUUGACUUUCUUCGGGGAGGGGUACUCAGAGGGGACAGAUCCCACGCAGGGCCGGCCAAACACAAAGAUCUGCACUCAGGUUAUAGGAGCAGAGCCUGGUUAUGUCGCUACAGUUUCUGCUAUUGUGCAAGCAGCCCUAACGCUGCUGAAUGAAUUGCACUCUCUUCCCAGGAGAGGAGGGGUGUACACUCCAGGAGCUGCCUUCCACAAAACCAGUCUGAUCGAGCGCCUCCAAAAUCACAGCAUCAAGUUCUCAGUCAAAAGCUACGAGUAAAAACUGUUCAGCUCACGCCACUUACCAGUUCCAUUAUAUCAUAUUUUAACUGAUGUCCACUGGGGAUGUUGCCCCUUUUCCAACGUGUCAACUUAACCACUUUCAACCAUGUGUGUCACUGAACCCUGCAUCUACUGGCAAACAGUGAGAGUUGAUCCAAGCUGGGAACGGAGCAAUAACAUCAGGAAGAGAAUCAUUGUCUUGUUCAAAGACAAACUUCUACCAACAUUCAACUCUCACUAACAUCUCUUAAAACGGCAAACGUGUUGACUAUGCAUUCAUGAAAAUAAUCUGUAUUGAUUCAAUCAAUAAUAUUCUUAACUUUCAACACUAAUUUAAAACAGAGCAGAAACUAUAGAAAUAUGAUUAAAUAGGAUAUAUUAGGCUUUUUGGGGUUUCCCUUCUCCUGUGUACGAUAUGAUAUUACUUUAAUGAUCGGAUCAAGUCUGAAAUUGAACUUUGUGGAUGUAAAUGGUCUGCAAAGUCCAAAAUUCUCCCAUUGGACUCCUCCUGUAUCAUAACAACAUCACUAUGUAAGAGUCAUGCUUCUAUUGGCUAGCACUCCCAAGUGUUUCAAGCUUACGGUUGUGUGUCAACUGUAUUAAACACUCUGGAUAUGAUGUUUAAGGAUGAGCCUGCUGUAUUGUGAUACUGUACCAACAAUACAUGUAUCUGCUAACAAGCACUUUCUGUGUAUUCACAGCCCAAUGUGUCUCAUUCCUCUGUGACACGGCUGCAUUAUUGUCCAAUUAAAAACAUAUCAAUGAGC